CUCACUAACACACCACCCACAAAAACAAACAAGCUUUCAAUAUGGCUCCCAAAAAACAGAAAGCCCAGAAGAUCUCCCUCAACGAGUUCUUGGGCGAUAACGCCCUUGGAUCAUGGGCAGAUGAAAUGGACUCGCUUCCAACUGCCCCCGCGGCAAGGAACGACGACGACGAUCGAUCUCGUCAGGGCGAUCGUUUCUCUAGGAGGGAUGACUAUGGUGCUCGUGGAGAUCGCCCGUUUGCUCCUCCCAGAGAGGAUCUCCCCCUCCCGACAAACCCUCCUUUCACGGCUUUUGUUGGCAAUCUUGCCUUCGAUAUCACUGAAAGCGAGCUAGAGAGCUUCUUUGCCCCGCAUCAGACCAAGUCCAUCAAAAUCAUCAAGGAUAGGGAUGAUAAACCCAAAGGGUUUGGAUACGUAGAAUUCGCAGAAUUAGACGGUCUCAAGGACGCAAUCUCAAAAUCAGCAUCGCCUUUGUCAGGUCGCACCGUCCGUGUCAGCGUCGCGGAACCACCCAAGGAGCGUUCCGGGUUCUCAGGCGGAGGUGAUGAUGAUGAAAAAUUCUCAGGCAACUGGCGCAGGGAUGGCCCUCCUCCCGUGGGCUCUAUGGAUCGAGAUGGUCCGCCACGGCGGCGCGACGGACCUGCUCCCGAGCGUGCGCCCCCUGCUGUCUCCGAUGAAGUCAGUGCCUGGAGGUCGAGCAAGCCUCGCAUGCCAGAGCCCGAACCUCCUGCCGUCAAGAGGCGAGGCUCCGGCUUCGCCACUAGUGACGGCCCUCCAGGUGCCGCAGAUGCUGCAGAAAGCUGGUCCAUGGGAAGUAAAUUCAAACCUAACGCUGGGCAAGAAGAAAUGGGCCCGCCUCGCUCUCGGGGACGCUUCGAUUCGACGGUCUCCGUUACUGCCCCCCCUGACGAGGGCGAAUGGCGAAGAGCCAAACCGGCAGCUCGGAAUAGCACGUCGCCAAACAGCUCUACUCCUCCUACUCCCCAGCUGAACCGUCGCAAGCUCGAACUCCUCCCUCGUUCAUCUACUAAUACCUCCGCAAGUCCAUCGCCCCUUUCAUCUCCCAAAAUGGCCAACAGUCCUGCUGCUACGACGAACGCCCGUGCUAACCCCUUUGGCGCCGCCAAACCUGUCGACGUCUCUGGCAAGGAAAAGGAAGUCGCUGAACGCAUUGAAAAAGAGCGGGCACCGCACGCCAUGUCACGAACCGACUCGCGUCAGGGAACUGAUCGCCCCCCUCACUCAAUGUCACGAACGGGUUCUCGACAGGCAUCCGAUCGUCCACCGGCUUCGACUACGCCUGCUACUGCGCCCCCUGCCAGCGGCAGUGGUAACAAGGCUCAAGCUGCUACUGCCACAAUUCGCCCCUCCUUCAGCUUUGCAAACGCAGCAGCCGCAAAGCGUGCUGCCGAAGAGAGUGCAGCCAAGGAGAGCCGCGAUGCGGCUGAUAACGUCGCAGAUCGUGUUGCUGAGGUUUCGGUUUAAGAUACUUGUGUAUAUUAUAUGAUUGAUUAUGCAUGCGGCGUGCUUGCCGCCAUUAAGACCCAUGAGCUGUCUUGCUGGCUUUCAAUGAUCUCUACCGUCUUCCAUGGAGCUCCGGGUCGACGUAUUUCAUGCGACCUCUCCCUUUGAAACGGACACCGCCAGCCUGUUCCUGCUCAGCCUGACGCUGCUCCUUGAUGCGCUGCAGCUCCGCCACCCUUGCUGCUUCAAUGCGUUCUUUUUCUUCUCGCUCGAGUCUCGCGUCGUACUCUUCCUCGGUUUCUUGAAUAGAUGUGCUGCGCGAAGGUUCUUUUGGUACGCCUUGUGGACUGUCGUCCCUGGAGCGUCUGGGUUUUUUGCGGUGCUUCCGUUCGUCUGGACUCCGGGACCGGGAACGAGAACGAUCCUUGCGGUCGCGGCGCUUGCUACGGCUCUUGCUUUUCUGCUCAGUUUCUUCGCCUUCUGCGACAGGCGGCUGCUUGGUUUUCAACUCUAGUUCGCCAGAGUUUGCAAUGACGACCGGCGUGGUGGGUCGGUCUUUCCCAUCUGUCGGGACUUGGGCCAUUUUCUUGACGACCUCUUCGUAUCCCCUGAUGACUUUGCCAAAGACAACGUGCUUGCCGUUGAGAUGGGGGCAGGGACGAAGUGUGACAAAGAACUGAGAACCAUUUGAAUCAGGGCCCUUGUUGGCCAUGCAUAGUAGAGCUUCCGCGUCAAGUGGAGAAGAGAGGUCCUCAUCCGGGAAGGCGCUGCCAUAGAUGGAUUCGCCCCCAGUGCCAUUCCGUUUCGUGAAGUCUCCUCCUUGAAUCAUAAAAUCGGGGAUUGAGCGAUGUAUGAUACUAUUCUUGUAAUAGAGCGGACGUUCUGAGAGGGACGAAAGGCCUUUCUCUCCAGUGCACAAUGCACGAAAGUUUUCUGCUGUUUUCGGUACACGGUCGUUCCAUAGUUCGAAGAUGACUCUGCCGACGGACUCUGUACCGAUCUGUAUGUCGAAGAAGACGCGUGGUCUGAC